AUGGACACAGAGGCCGCCCCGGAGACCCACUUAUCUCCAACCUCAAUUGACACCUGCAUGUCGGCCAUCGACAACAUCCUUCCUGCUGCAACGUGUGACCACUCCCGCAGCGCCCGCCCGAACACCAACGCAAUCGGUCUAUCGAAGACUCUCACGACCCAUUGCAACCGUUCAAAUACCUCGCGCCGCAAUGGCGCACAAUCCAGCAAGCGAACUCGCCUCCGCAAUCCAAUCCACGCACAUCGUUCGCAACCCAUCUCCCAUCACGACGUCAACCCGUCCACAGCCGCCAGCCGCCUCGUACCAGCCGAACUUCCACCCUCACCAGACUCCUCGGACAUCGAUGCAGCAGACAUCUCUGAAACAUCAGAAAUCCCCAGCGACAUCCUCCAACCCACACCCCAACCUAGAUCCCGGAGAAAAAGCUUCCCACCACUGCCAGACAUGCGCUUCGAACAGAGCUACCUCGCCAGCAUCAAAAACGCACAAACCAACACGCAAAUAGCGAUAAUAACGGUGAGGGAUCAACUGCUGUUGCCAUUACUGCAGGGGACGCUGUGGAACUUCGCGCUGUUUGGGUGGAGACAUUGGAACCGGGGGAGUCAAUUCAAGGGGAGGCAUUGGGGCGCCGGGCUGAGGAGAUGGUGGUGGGGAGUCAAUAAUUGGAAGAUCCCUGGGGAUGGCAAAACGGGCAAGGUGGGCGGACUGGACAGAGCAGAGCAGUAUUAUGUGCAACGGGGCGGGAGUGCGUUGGGAGACUGA